AUGCAACGUGAAAUCGACGAGUUGAAGAGGGAGUUGCGUCAUGCUCAGCGAAGACGUUCAUCGCCCAACUCCGAACCAUCCUCUGAAGAGACAAAUGAUGCUAGUUAUAGGCAGAGAUCCAGAACACCGCCCAGCGAGACCUUUUCCUACGACGAGGAGCACCACCAUAGACGUAGAUACAAAAGCCCGCCUUGCAAAGGCUUGAGGAACAAUGCCAUGAACAAGAUUCUGAGUCAAGUUUCUAAAUCACCCUUCACACGAAACAUAGAAGAUGCAAGUCUUCCUCGGCGAUUUCAUCAACCUACGUUCAUCAUUUAUAAUGGUCGAAUAGAUCCGGUAGAACAUGUCAGCCAUUUCAGUCAAAGGAUGUCCGUUCACUCCAAAGAUGAGGCCUUGAUGUGUAAGGUCUUUCCAUCUAACUUGGGCCCGAUGGCGAUGAGGUGGUUCAACGGUUUAAAGGCGAACUCUAUUGACUCCUUUAAGAAACUCACCCAGGCUUUUAGUGCUCGCUUUAUUACUUGUAGCAGGGUUCCUCGGCCUUUGGGAUCCUUAUUAUCUAUGUCCAUGUGGGAGGGUGAGACUCUGAAGGCUUAUUCAAAUAGAUACUGGGAGAUGUUUAACGAAGUAGAAGGAGAUUACGAUGAUGUGGCCAUUAGCACUUUUAAGGCUGGUCUUCCAGCUGAGUAUGAUUUGAGGAAAUCUCUAAUGAGUAAACCUAUUACCAGUGUACGCCAACUGAUGGAUCGAAUUGACAAGUAUAGAAGAGUAGAAGAAGACCAACUGCAGGGGAAAGGAAAGGCUAAGGUGAUCCCUCAAGAGAUGAGGGAUUUCAGGUUGGACCGGUACAAUAAUAACCGACCUUGGAAAGACUUUGUUGGGCAGCCAGGAUCUGCCAACACCCAGGUGGUUAAAGCUAUGUUUCGAGAGCCAGUGCAACAGGUACUGGAGAAGAUUUAG